AUGGGGAGGGGAGUUUUCGAAGGGGAGUGGGGAAUCGGGCAUGGUGAAAUGGAAGGGCCUGAUCGAAAAAGAAGAAGAAUGCGGAGAAGUAGAAGAGGAAAGAAGGAAAAUGGUGGUUUAGAUGGGGGUUUGGAGGUGACGGUGAAGACGAAGGUUACGGCGAAGAGGAGGGCUGUGUCGGGGGCGAUGCCGAGAGGAGGGAAGAGGGGAUGUGGUUAUCGGGUUAUGGGCUAUGGGCAUACACAUGAAUUACAUGUUAUUGAGGACAGAGGAAAUACAAAAUUAAUAAAUAGUGAAGCAAAUGCAAAUGUGUUAUCAUACAUUUGUGAAUUACACUCACAAGUUAAACGCAGAAUUAUUACAAAAUAUCAUCAAGUCGUCUGUGACUUUAUAGCAAUUUAUAAAAGUAAAAGAGGAUUCAGAACAUUCAUCUCUUCAGCAGACACCAAGAACCAUUUCCUUGGAUGGAAAAGGCUGCAAGAUAUUGCUCUUGGCAUUGCUAAAGGAAUUGAAUAUCUUCAUCAGGGGUGUGAUCAGAGAAUCCUCCACUUCGAUAUCAAACCACAUAACAUCCUGCUUGAUCAUGACUUCAAUCCCAAAAUCUCCGAUUUUGGAUUGGCUAAGUUCUGUGCUAAGGAUCAGAGUGCAGUGUCCAUGACAACGGCUAGAGGGACCAUUGGCUACAUCGCACCUGAAGUGUUCUCAAGGAACUUUGGGACUGUUUCCUACAAGUCAGAUGUUUAUAGCUUUGGGAUGUUAGUGUUAGAAAUGGUUGGAGGAAGGAAAAUUGUUGAUGUAGCAGAAGGAAAUGAUGAGCAAAUAUACUUCCCAGAAUGGAUUUACAAUCUUUUAGAAGAAGGAGAAGACCUCAGGUUCGAGAUUGAGGAAGAGGGAGAUACUAAAAUUGCAAAGAAACUUGCAAUUGUGGGACUCUGGUGCAUUCAGUGGAACCCAGCAGAUCGUCCCUCUAUGAAAGUUGCUGUUCAUAUGUUGGAAGGGGAAGGAGAGAAUCUACCAACACCUCCCAAUCCUUUUAGCUCUUCAGUUCCAACAAAAACAAAGGCAAGAAUACCAGGGAGACGACUUCUCCAAGAGUUGGAGGUUAUCUCAGAAGCAGAGUAAAAUCAUAAAUUGAGGUAAUCUUUUUUAGUGUUUGGCUUACUAGUUGUCACUUUCUUAAUCGACCUAUGUGCUGUAACAUGAGGAGAAUUGGUAUGGUACGCAAAACCAUAAAUGCUUACAAUUAUAUCACAUUCUUUGGGAAUUUGAUGCACUUUUGGUAACCAGUC